UCUGCCUCCAGUCGUACCGCUUCUUGUUGGUUCGUUUAAAUCGCCGCUUGCGCUGGGAAUCCCCAUACGUACUCUUUUUGCGCUAACUGGGCUGGCGCCGCUUUAGCCUUUCUCCCCGCCUGUCUCACACUCCUCGCCUGCUCUUUCUCUUCUCUUCCCCUCCAUCCUCUCUCUCCAUCCUCACCAGCAGACGCCUCGCUGUAUCACUUGUCUCGUUCGCCUGCUUCUACUUCUCUUCCUUCGCACUGUUGUCUCCUCCUGUCCUUCUACUAUCCCAUCUCUCGUUCAUCACUCUCAGCCUCUCCAACUUCUACCGCGUACAUCUCGUCCUCGCUUGACCUCUCCGCUGAACGACUCCCAACACUUCGGACUUCAUCCGCACUGCACACCAACCGAUUUGUCUACCGCACUGCCAAUAUAUUGUUAUAGCUCGAUCGAAUCGCCGAAUCGCGAAUCCUGCGUGCACUUCCACAACCUCUCUUGAUCCGUCAAAAUCGUCCAGUUUUACAGCCCAAAAAAGCAGCCUUCAAUCUUGUUUGGUGAGCUUCCUGAGCGUGUCCAUGCCUCUGGUCAAUAGGGAUAGCAGCAUCUCUGCCUCAGUUACUUAAUAAAAUCAUCAAACUGUGGUGCAAUUUUCUUGCGAUAGAGAGCGUCUGCCUAGCCCGCAUCGCAUUAUAUAUCACUGCCCUUGCCGCCAGCACCUCCCAAGGCAAGUAGCAACUAUGGGUACUGGGCAGAGUCAAAAGAACUCGCCUGUUGGUCUCCAGCCACGCUACAGCCAGGAUGAUACAUCCUCAAGCGCUGAUGUCGACAGCGGUUCGCCUGUCGAGCUUGACCUCAACGCUGCGCGACCACGGUCCAGCAUCCUGGCUAGCCCUGCCUGCAGCACCUGUUUAACCACUGGUACCACUUGUACAUUAUCCACAGACCAUGACGACUGUGUUCUUUGUCGUCGGACUGGGCAUGAAUGCUCACUCAACCCCGCCAACUCCCAGUCGCGCAAGCGAAAGUUGCAUGGCGAUGCCGCCACUGCAGACGGUACAUUCAAGCGCGGUGGCUCGACAGCACCCGAUGCCCAACCCGACGCUCCAACACCACUGGACAGCGCUUCCAUGGUUGAAAGUAUGGCCAACUGUGGUGGCCCAACCUUGCUCAAGCGAACACUAGGCCUUCAAGUCGAUCGUUAUCCUCAGUACAUUGGAGCCACCACAGACCUGGAGCACGCACUCAUUAACCUAUCCCUCUUCGACGCUCGUGAUGAGAGCCCGCUCCCUGGAGCUACGCUGCGCAAGGUGCACCCGAAGCACACGUUUAUGCUUAUGGAAGAAAAGGACCAUCCAAAUUACCCUGCCAUGUCUCAAGACUUGGAUGAUAUCGAGGCCGUCGUCGCCCCAUAUGGAAGAGAGCUUGUCGACCUCUAUUUUCAAAUGGUCCAUCCUCCGUUGCCUGUCGUCCCCCGACAUGUGUUUAUGGAAUCAUAUGAGAAGAGCUAUCGCGAGCUCUCCCCAUGCCUUUUAGCAGCAGUUUAUCUGAUUGCGUUGACUUGGUGGGAUAGACACCCCGCCUUGGUUGACAAGCCCCGACCCAACAUGAGAGCCCUCGAACGACUAGCAACAUCCACAUAUAAUGACGCAGCAGCACGACCAAAACUAUGCACCAUCCAGGCUGGUCUUAUCCUAUCACAACGACCAGGUGGCGAGUCCUGGGCUAUGACGGCGCAGCUUGUUGCCCUGGCCCAGGAUCUCGGCCUUCAUCUCGAGUGCGGUACCUGGAAAAUCCCACCCUGGGAGCGAGGAUUACGCAAGCGCAUCGCCUGGGCUUUGUACAUGCAAGACAAAUGGAGCGCCAUUACUCACGGUCGUCCAUCACAUAUUCACAGUGCCAACUGGGCCGUUCGUUGGCUCUCGCCUUACGAUUGGGACGAUGUCGAAUGGAAUGAAGACGAUGUUGAAGAGCGCGCUGAUAUCGAGAAGGGUCGCCUAAUCUUCUCUCGCAGCGCCCUUCUCUCCGGUAUUCUGGCUGAGAUGCUGGAAACAUUCUUCAGUGCCCAAGCCAUGCAAGCUGUCGAAAACGCCGGUGCACAGGGAGCACAUUUGGUUCUGUCUCUCGCUAAACCUAUUCAGCUCAAACUGAAAGACUGGUACUCCAACUUGCCAGAGUUCAUCCGACUGGAGAGUCUCUCCUCUGGCGGUUUAAGCGAUCGGCCUUCCAGCGUUGGCUAUUUGCAUGUAGCAUACUAUGCUGCAGAAAUUACCUUGCAUCGCAGAAUCAUUGCUUGCUUAGCAGCAAAUGCAGGCUCCGUCGACACAUACAUCCAGGACGUGUGCCGAAGUGCCGCCAAAACAAGGCUUAUCUCUGCGAUGGAUUUCGUCAAUCGUCUGUCUCCCAACCAUCUCAAGUCCUUUUGGUAUUUCUCUUCCAAAGCAAACUUUGCCUUGAUUGGCACGUUUGGCUCACUGCUGUGGGCAACAUCACCUGGCCGUGAGGAAGCUGAGUGGUACAAGCGCCGGUUGAGUGAGUAUCGCUGGACACUGUCUGUCAGUUCUCAGUCGGUGGGCGAGAACUCGCCAACUGUACAAGCGUUGACCAUCUUGGACCUGUCGACAGAGUUGCUAAAGCAGCUGCCUGAGAAGCCAUCUACAAGCCGGUCAGGAAGCUACGCGAAUCUAGCCCGGUCAAGGGCGCGGAGCAACUUUGCAGCCCGAGCCAGCAUUCUAGGCGGCUACAGUCAAGUAUCCAGCCCGCGUAUGCAUGCUGCGCGUCAACCAAAGAUGGAAGAUUAUAGCAGCGGCGGAGACGAGGAUGACGAAAUGUAUGAUGACCCAGUGCGGAGGUGAUGACACCAGUCUGCCAUCUGCACUACCUUUACUUUGAUCUAUAUUUUUUUCCUGGGAUAUAUUAAGCGGUUUUCAUUGCAACAAGGAGUCUACUGUGGUAUUGUUUUUCUUUACUUUUGGUUCUUAUCUGUUCUACAUAGGGGAGGUGUUGCGGUUUAGCGGAUGGAUAUACUACUAUAUCCCGUUUCACACAGAGCGAAGUUGUCCAUGUCUGUCCUUUACUCACUCACAAUCUGUAUAUUGCCAAUUGUUUUUUACUAUCUGACCCACCGCUCUAUACUCUUUCCACUAGACUUAAAAUGGAAAGAUAAAUAAAAAAGCUCGUGUUGUUUCCAC